AUGCCCGCAAUUAUUUCUUUAAUUGACAUUUUAAAAAAUUAUUCUGAUUAUUUAAUUACAACCACUGCUGAUAUGAAUAUAAUUCAUUACAGUGAUGAAAGUGCUCAUAGUCCUGAAAACAACAGUACAAUAUACCAAAUUGCUGCUUGCAAGCAUGAUAAACUUAAAGAUAAUUAUAUUGAGUUAGAUGAUUAUCUAUUUGAAAAGAUUCAUGAAGAAUUGCCUCGUUAUUUUACGCGACAAAUACAAAAGAAUAUGCUUGACAAAAAAGUCACACCUGCAAUAUUACAAAUGCUUCAUUUUGAUCUUACUGGUAAUGCUGCUGUAACUCCAAGUGCAAUCAGUCGUGAUGUAGAAGAAAGACUACGAUUAAUAUUAACCUUGGCAUAUCCUAAUAUCAUAUUCGAUUUGCGAACAAACAAUGGAUUUAAAGGAACAAAGUUUAAUAUAUUUUGGGAUGAAACAAAUGCAUAUUUUAAUGAGCAG